UGAGGUUUGACGUUUGCAAUUGUUUGCAAUGUUGUGGAAAGUGAUUUUUUGGAAAUAAUUAUUGUUAUAAUGUGCAAAGCCUUCAUAUAUAUGUAUUGAUAGUUUAUUUGAAAUUAUAACUUAUUUCUGAUACAAUUAAAAUAAUAAAUAUUAUUUAUUCCAAGUUUUUUUAUGAAUUAACUAGAAUGAUUUAAUUUUUUUCGUAUUUGGUUGUGUAAAUAAACUAGUUCAAUAAAAGUUGUAUGAAAAAAUAAAAAUAUUGAAAUAUGGAUACAACUACUUCAAUUAAUUCGUCACUUACUGGUCCGUAUUUUUACAUUUUUUUUUUUAAUUUUGGCUAAGGAGACAACUUCUAAAGCAAUGGAUACCACAGUAACAAUGGACUCAACUCAAGAAAGUAAAGGUCAGUGCAAUAAAACUGAUACUGAUAGUAAUAUGAAGAGUAGUCACUUAACAACUCCAAACUACAAAAGUGACGAUGCUGCAUCAGGAAGCCAGACUUCAUCUCAAACAAGAAUUGUAGGUGAAGUAGCCUUGACACCUACUAAUAGGUCUUUUACACCACAAAUAGUCAACCCACAUUCAUCAAUGACUGCGAUUACCCCUAUGGCAAGUGCUGCAAGUCAAGUUAAAAGUAGUGUUAAAUUACAGAAUUGUGUUUCUACAGUUAGUUUGGGAUGUGAACUAAAUUUAUUGGACAUUUACUGUAGAACAAGAUAUUCAGAAUAUAAUCCAGCAAGAUUUCAUGGAGUUGUAAUGAAAAUAUUGGAGCCUAGAGCUACAGCAUUAGUUUUUAGGUCAGGAAAAAUAGUAUGUACAGGUGCAAGAAAUGAGCAUGAUGCAUAUAUAUCUGCUAGAAAGUUUGCAAGAAUUAUACAGAAGUUAGGAUUUCCAGCAAAAUUUUUAAAUUACAAAGUACAAAAUUUCAUCGCUACUGCUGACUUAAGAUUUCCAAUAAGGUUAGAGGCACUGCAACAAGCACAUGGACAAUUUGCGUCAUACGAACCAGAACUAUUUCCUGGCCUUGUAUAUAGGAUGGUACGGCCAAGAGUGGUUCUCCUUAUAUUUGUUAAUGGAAAAAUGGUUAUAACAGGUGGCAAAUCUCGAGGUGAAAUAAAUGAAUCUUUAGACAUCAUAUAUCCAAUUUUAAGAAGUUACAGAAAGAAUUAAUAAAAUUGGGACAUGAAAAACAAGAAAAGAACAGUAACACAUAUGAUUAAUUCCAGGGAUCCUUGCUAUAAGAUGUUGUUUAUAGCCAUAGGUCAUAAUAUUCAUUUUAAUACUGAUUAUAAUAAAUUAUUAUUUUUUUAA